AUGUCCUCACCUUCCAUAUCAACCGACACUGCACAAAAUGACCAUCCACUUCCAAAAAAUUAUGUUCCUCUUUAUCUCCCUCGCCUGCUGGGGGGGGGGGGGGCAUCUUAUUUGUUAAUUGAUUGCUCUCGCUCAGAAGCAUAUAGGGAAUUUAGGCACUGGCACGAUGGGAAGUACUGUCUCGAAAACGAUUGUCCAGGAAAGCUGCAAAAUUUUGUAACCACUGCGCGUUUCUUUACCGCUUUGAGUACGAUAAUGAAUACCCACUACUUUUGGGUUUUUUGGGAUAUGAGCAUCAGAGGAAGUGGAAGUGGAAGUGGAAGUGAGCCUCUAAGAAUACUUUACAACAUUGUUGUUCCUCUUGGGUAUUUUCAACUCAUAUUUCUGAGCGCAUUCUACUUUUGCCGGUGUAAAAAGCUGGCGCACAGUCUCGUCGAGUACCUUAUCAUGAGGAGAAAGUUAAUAAUGUCUAAAUCUCAACAUCGAGUUGGACAUUUCAAACGCAAGUUAUCGUUCAUGUUGGUAUUUUGCUGGUCGCAAUAUUGA